UCCAGACAUCCGGUGCGUACGGGAACGGGACAUGCAAAAAGAGACCAAAUUAAGAGGAAACCGAAGGCAAGCCAAUCCCAAACCCUGGCCUCGUCCUCGAUCGGUCUCGCCCACCCUGCCUCACCAAGUCACCAUGGCGCUACGCAGCCUGGCUACGAACAUGCGAAUCCCCGCUACAGCCGCCGCCCGGCUCACGUCGGCCCCUCGCGUUUCCCCGACGUCCGGUUCUCGGCCCCUCCCUUACACCUCCUCCUCCUUGGCCUCCUCCUCCUUGGCCUCCUCCUCCAUCAAGCAUGCAAGAGACUGGUACCUGAUUCAGCGAGCACGUUAUGACGAUGUGACAAGAGAGUUAACAGACUUCAGGCGUGAGGUUGUGUGGACUGGAAGGCUAGCUAAGCUGCUUGAUGUGACAUACAUACUGGGUAUUUCCUUGUCGAGUGCUCCUUCGGUCAUAAAAGGGUAUAUCAUUUGGAAAAUGUGGGCAGGUAAUGACCAUCCACUGGUCAUAAAAGGGUAUGUCAUUCGGAAAAUGUGAGGGAGUAAUGGCCAUCCACUGCUUCGUUUAUUAGCUAAUGCAUGUGCACUCUCGUAGUAAGCACUCUCUCUGUGGUAACUGCCUGCUUGCAAGGGGACAUAGCCAUG